UUGGAUAAAUUUGUAACUAUUAUUCAACUUCUAAUUCAAUCAUCAUCGGUGGGGAUGCCAAAAGAUAAAUUCUCUGAUAUUUCUUUACAUGGAUUCGGUUCUACUCUUUUGGCAUAUCUUCUUCGUUUCUUUCGUGAACAGGAGGCAAAGUAUCAAAACUCUCAAAAACGCAAACAAAUCUUGCAAAAAUUAAGCGAGCGUCUUUUUCAAGAGUUUCCCCUUAUUCCACGUGACAUUUCUUUCUUGAGCAUAAGUGGUGAUCAUCAUAGACAACUUUCCGUGCUUGAUAUAGCUGAUGCAGAUAAAAUUUUGGAACAAACUAUUUCCGAAUGUUUCGAGAUGGUUAAAUCUACUUCGUCUGUUACUUCUACUCAAACAAAAGAUAAGAAUAUAGUUAUUGAGAAACUGGAAAAUUUGGUUAAAUUCACUAAAACUAGCCCAACUUUAAUGAUAAGGCAGAUGCCUGUUAUUGCUUCAAAAGUUCAAGACUUGGUAGAAAAUUUGAGUGGACGUGAAAUUCGAUUUAGUACAGCAGUUCCACUUUUACUUUAUAUUUUGGAUAUUAUAAUGAUAGCAAUGAAACGGAAGAUAGUGCUAACAUUUGAAAAAGAAGGAACUCAAAAAGAUAAAACAUGUUAUCUUAUACAAAUUCGAUCUUUUCUUGCUGUACUUAAAUCAAUCUUUCAAAUAUUUCAAAACCGAAAAAAUCGACAAAUUCCAUUUUUGACUGAAAAAGCUCUUCAAGCAAUUGUUUUGUUUAUUAAGGAAAAUCAAAAUUUUUCUUCUGAUUUACUAGACGAUGUUCCUAUGUUGAAAGAAAUAUUAGAUCGACAACAGCAUGUACUUUCACAAAUGGACAAAGAAAUUUUGAAACGUGAAAUAUCCAAAAUAACUAAUGUCGAGAAUUUAUAA